AUGGUAUUCGUUUAUUUGAUGGGUUCGGGUACAUUGACAUGUCAAUCACAACUUCGUAUUCCAUCAUCUAAUCAAGAUUUUCUAUCAAUAAUUAAUAGAAUUUGUCAAUCUUAUCGAUUAACUGUUGUUGAAAAAAUUAAUUCAGCUGCAUCUUUAUAUGCUGAAACAAUACUUGGACAACUAAUAGCUCUUUUAUUUAAAUCAAUAAAUUCUCAAAAUGAUAUUUUAAUUGAUGAUAAAUCAACAGAAACACAUUAUCUUUCUAAUCUCAUGAAAGAAAUAAAAACAUCAUUAAAAUAA